AUGGAACAUAUGUGCCAGCUGGUGGAACUUAUAUACCACCAAACCCUCCAAGAGAAGCACCUGCACCAGGACUACCUAGAACAUUUACAUCGUCACAUGGACACAGACACAGGCAUGCACCAAAACCAACACAACAACCAACAGUUCAAAAUCCAACACAACAACCACCUCCACAACCAACACAACAACCAACAGUUCAAAACCCUGCACAACAACCAACACAACAACCAGCACAGCAACAACCACAAACAGAGCAAGGACAUAAAAGAAGUAGAGAACAAGGAAACCAAGAAUUCUUAA